AAAGGCGAGUCCAGUUGUCUCCUCAGUGUGUUCAUAGAGAUUUUCAGUCUUAGUAGCGGCAGUUCGCCUUCCCUAUUAAACGGAUUUUUUGCGUCCAACAGCGUUUGAAUCAACACUGAAAUGGCCGAUCAACUCACAGAGGAGCAGAUCGCUGAGUUCAAGGAGGCCUUCUCGCUCUUUGAUAAGGAUGGAGAUGGUACCAUCACCACCAAAGAGCUGGGUACAGUCAUGCGGUCUCUGGGCCAGAACCCCACAGAGGCAGAGCUGCAGGACAUGAUCAAUGAGGUGGAUGCUGAUGGAAACGGAACGAUAGACUUCCCAGAGUUCCUAACCAUGAUGGCCCGGAAGAUGAAGGACACAGACAGCGAGGAGGAGAUCAGGGAAGCAUUCCGUGUCUUUGACAAGGAUGGCAACGGCUACAUUAGUGCUGCUGAGCUGCGUCAUGUGAUGACAAACCUAGGAGAGAAGCUGACCGACGAGGAAGUAGAUGAGAUGAUCAGAGAAGCAGACAUUGAUGGAGAUGGACAGGUCAACUACGAAGAGUUCGUACAAAUGAUGACGGCGAAGUGAAGGCCUUGUACAGAUUUCGUAUAUAAAUUUGCCUUUUUCUUUGUGUAAUUUAUCUGUAAAAUCUUAAUAGCCCCUCCACUCGUCCCUGCCCCCUUCUGCUGUCCAAAGGAACUGCAUGUAAACUGCAUAGGCUCUUGUCCCCAUGUCCCUUUCUUUUGCUGUCAUGGUGUUUUGGAGUGACGGAAUGGUCAUAUAACCAGAAGCCUGUGGAGACCCCUGGGAGCCAGAGAACUUGUGCUUUGUGCUCGGGGCCCCUCCACACCUGGCGACAUUGGAAACCUGUCAGCAAGCUGUCAAUUUGGCAGCAAUGCUGGCAUGGGAGCAAUGUAGAGGCAUUGACUCUGCAUGGACUAUGGACAAAGUAUAUAUGGAAAUCUCAGCAUUGCACUACUGCAAAAAAAUGACACGGGUGUAUCUCCUUGGUACUCGUACAAACUCUUUUGUAUCUGCUGUUCUGUAUACCAGAAAAUGACUAAUCUUACCAUGCUUUUUAAUGUUUUACUCACUAAAAUUUUUUUUUUAAAUGACUUCAGGUCAUGCUUCAAAUAAAUCCAUUCCAAGUUGUAUAUUUGUUUUCCAAUAAAAUUUACAAUCUACCCAGAUUGGAAAAUUGUCUUGUUUUCUCGGUUUUUAAAAUGGAUAAUUCAGUUUGUAAACCCUGUAAUCUUCCCAUGUUUGUUAGAGAAUAGGUUUCGUUUACCGCCGACCUUACCAUCAUCAAAUUCAUCAAGAAGAGCAUCAGCCACUGCCUCUUAAUGUUCUGCGCUCAGAGCACGGUUGUAUUGUCAUUGAAAUGUAAGGCAUUCAGGGGAUCAAAGGCCCCCGCCCUGAAGUGGCUGCCACGGCGCUCCACGUCAGGUUGGCCUGGUGGCGCCCUGCUCUUCUGAGCUGCAUGUUCAGGCACAGAAGCUGACUGCCUCAUGUCUUAAUUGGCUCCUGCCACAAUCUUGAUUCAUCAGAAACUGGUGUAAAUAAAGGUGUACCUUUUUUGAGUUUGUUACAGUAGCUUGCAGAGAUACUGAGUUUGUUAUUUUGAUGAGUGACAAAAUAAAGCUCCAAUGUGGAUCA